AUGGCGGAAAAGAAGAGUCAAGAUGCGGCCCAACCAUCGUCGGCAGACCUACCUCCAAACAUGGCAGAAGUCAAGUCAAUGAGCGUGGAUGAACUAGUGAAAGAAAUGAACCGGAUGCCACUGUUCAUGACCAGCCUGGACGAGACGGACGGUGAGGGGGGCGAGAACGUGGCCUUGGAGGCGUUGAAAGCGCUGGCCUACGAAGGUACUCGCGCCGAAGUGGCAGAAAACUUCCGUCAGCAAGGCAACGAGUGCGCCAGAGCGAAACAAUGGACCAACGCCAAAGAGUUCUAUGACAAGGCCAUAGCAGCUCUCAAAGGACCUCAGAAAGCAUUGGACCCAGACGCUGAAGGACCGGAUGUGAUUGACGUUGAAGUAAACGAAGCAGAAGAGGCAAAGAAGGAAAAAGCAAUUGAAGAGGCAUGCUACGUCAACAGAGCUUUGUGCAACCUGGAAAAAAAAAACUAUCGCUCCUGUAUCCUAGACUGUGCAUCAACACUUCGAAUCAACCCAACCAAUGUGAAAGCCUUCUACCGUUCUGCGACCGCGUGUCUCGCACUGGACAAGCUCCCAGAAGCAGAAUGGGCAUGCAAUCGCGGUCUAGCCACUGACCCGGCCAAUGCGCCGCUCCAGGCGCUCCAGGCCAAAAUCACGGCAAGGAAACAAUACGUUGCCUCUGUGGAAGCGGGACGCCGAGCACGAGAGGAGAAGGCCGCUUCGGAACGGGCGACUCUGACGCUUGCACUGAAGGCCCGGAACAUCAUGACGAGGAGCACCGAGACGCCGCCGGAUCUAGAAGAUGCAGCGAUGAAGCUGCAAGACCCCAUGGACCCUUCAUCCUUGCUCACAUUCCCCGUCAUCCUGCUCUAUCCCACAGAUUCGCAGUCGGAUUUCGUCAAAGCCUUCUCGGAGAGGGAGAAGCUGGAGGAGCAUCUUGACUACAUAUUUCCCCUGCCAUGGGACGAAAAGCACGAGUAUACGGUUGAGAAUGUGGAGGCUUACAUGGAGACGACAGCCGGCGGUUUAAUCAAGGUAGGAAAGAAGAUGACUCUAGGCAAGGUUCUCGGGAGCGGGAAGACGGAGGUCGUGGACGGAUUGGUAAGGAUCAGUGUGGUGCCCAAGGACAAAGCCGCAGGGUGGAUCGAGGAGUUCAAGAAAAGGAGAGGCAAGACAGCUUAA